AUGCAUCCAUCUCAGACUGAUCCAUAUGACAACUUGUCCAUUAGUGCAGUAAAGCAGAAGCAUAAGCUCUCCAAGAAGGCUUCUAAAAUGUUCAUUACCGCUGAAAGCAUAAUCCCUGACGGUCUAUUGGAUCGACAAGAACCAAUUUCAUCUUUAACCGCAGAGAAUGUAGAAAAUACAGAAACAGGUUUCAUUUCAGAGCAACCAUCUUUAUACGAAGAAUCUAUUGAACCGGAUAACCAACAGAUUAAGAAGAUAAAAUCAACCGGGGUGUUAAAUACUGAAACUGGAGGACCAAGACUGGAGAUUAACAAAGGUGAUAAUCAAACGUCUCACCACAAACAAAAUAUAAGCACAGAUGAGCCAACUGUGACUUGGUCAAAUACGGGAAGUCAUUCAUCAAGCAUUAAUAUUACAAAUAGCAAUGGUGCAUUUGUCGACUCGCCAAGUUUUCUUUCCCCAUACAUUAACGAUACACAAAAUCAUACAUCUAGUGGGUCUUUAGAGCAAUCUUCAAUACUGGAUAGGUUGUCAUUGGUAGAGUCUGUUACGCACACACCUUCAUCCUGUGCAUCUAUGGCACCAUUCACAAAUUUUGGUUUUACACCUGAUUUCUCUGAUCACAAAGCGACCGAAAGGGUGUUCUUUUCCAAAAAAAAGCAUUUCUUUAUCCUCUCUUCCGCUGGAAAACCGAUUUAUUCGAUGAAUGGCUGCGAUGACAUUGUUACAGUCUAUGCUGGCAUUAUACAAACAAUAGUUUCAUUUUUUCAGUAUCAUCCUGACGGUAGUUCUCAACAUAUUCAUUCCGUCACGGCCAAAGACGGCAUUGGUAAAACGGUGAAAUUAGUAUUUGCAGAUCGAUCUCCAAUUUUAUUGAUGACCUCAUCAUCGACUGGGGAGUCAGAUGCUCAAUUGGCUCAGCAACUUGAUAUAAUAUACAGCUUUCUUAUUGCAACACUCAGCAAACCUCAUAUUGAGAAGGUCUAUGAGAAAAGGGACAACUUUGAUUUGAGGAGCAUUUUGGGAAAAGCUGAUAUUUCAUGCUUGGACGCCAUUUGUAACGAUUUAACAAAUUUUGGGAAUCCUGGUGCCAUUGUUGGUGGUCUUGAAUGUCUUAAUAUCAGGCAUAAAACCAGAAAGAAGUUGGAUGGCAUUUUUCUGAAGCAUAGGUCUGAAAACUUGCUAUAUGGGUUGCUAGUGGCACCAAAUGGAAGAUUGGUCAGUGUGCUUAGGCCAAGACUACACACUCUUCAUUCAUUGGAUCUUAUGUUGCUAUUCUCGAUGAUCUACAACACCAAUACUUUCAAGUCAACUGUUGAAGAAGGUACCGACCAUCCCAGCGGUACUAUGCCUUUAGCGACAAAUGAGGACUUUUGGGUCCCGAUAUGUCUGCCAAAAUUUAAUCCUAACGGAUUUCUCUACGCUUUCAUUCAACUCGUAGAGAUGAAAGAUGAGCUAUUGCUAAAAUUGCACGAUCUAAACACCGAUGUACUUGGAAAUCAAUAUUCAUAUGCCAAUAACAACUUAGGUAAGGGAACACAGCUGGCUGUUAUUCUAAUCAGUGUCUUCAAAGACACAUUUUUUGAGAUGAGAAAAGCUUCCCAUGCCAUAGUCCAGGAUAUUAAACUCAAUAGAACUAUAUUCAGAGAGUUGUAUAAAUCUGUGGUCGGAACACAGGGGUCGGAUGGUACCACUGGUUUCCCAAAUGGUCGAGUUUCACCAAUUGAAAUACCUGCUCCAUUAAUCAAGCAUUUUAUAUUUAAAAGCAGGCGCUAUACACAAUUUGUAUCUUCUAAUUUACAAGGCAGCAAGGUUGAGAUGAGAACGCAGGAUGACAUUAAAGUCAAAGGUCAGAUCAUGGAGUUAUAUUCACAUCUGAGAUCAAGGCAAAUGCAGAAUGUCUCCAUUAAGGCUACCGGAAACCAGGUUGAGGGAAUUGGUAACACGUUAAGCACAAGUCAAAAGGAGAAAUACGUGGAUAUUAUUGAAUGGAGUGUUAAUGGUGACUUGGUAACCGGAGUUUUAAUAUCAUCGCCAUCCUAUGAUCUAUAUGCCAUAAGUAAUGGGGGUGUGAUUAAUAGGGCCAGUCUUUUGAAGUCCUGCAAAAGGAUUGUUAGAUGGUGUUUAGAUAAUUCAGACAGGUUGCUUAUAAAAACAGGGGCAACAUUUUAA